ACUGUGCGCAUAAGCUGCCGUGAUUGCCAGACUUGAGUGCUGCGUUUAGUUAAGGCUUCUCAGCGAAGAAAAUGUCUCACGAACAUUAACUCUACAGCGUCGUAGACCCCCGCAAGUGCUGCAGCCAGCUUCAUGCAGAAAAAUGGCUUCCCCUCAGCCAGGCAGCCCACCUACAGAAGAGCAGGAUACCCCUCCACCUCCUGAGACCAAUGAAGAGAAAGAGGAUGCAGCAGAGCAACCACCUAGAAGAAGAGGCAAAGGGAGAGCAACAAAGUCUCAGCACACUUUUAAAUGCUCAGCCUGUCAGGAAGCAUUUUUCAGCCCCUCAACUCUACGCAGCCAUAAGCUCUUAGCUCAUGGUAAGGAGAAGCAGCAACCAUACAUCUGCGGACAGUGCAGUAAGACUUUCUCAAACCGUGCCCAGCUCUCUAAGCAUCAGCGCUCCCAUUCUGCUCAGCGUCCGUUUCAGUGCUCCCAGUGUCAUAAAGCAUACAAGACUCCAACUGAGCUGCGCAACCACAACCGCUCCCACACUGGAGAGAAACCCUUUGUCUGUACUGAGUGUGGCAAGGCAUUCAUGCAAGCCAUCUGUCUGCGCAUUCACAUGACACAACACAGCGGUGAGCGGCCUCAUUCUUGCCCACACUGCUCCAAGAGCUAUCCAACACUGUCCAAGCUGAAAGUUCACCAGCGGUCACACACAGGGGAGAAGCCCUACUUUUGUGCAGAAUGCGGGAAGAGUUUCGCUGACCCCUCAGUGUACCGCAAGCAUCGGCGCAAUCACCAAGGCCAUCGCCCUUAUUCCUGCGACCAGUGUGGGAAAACUUACACAGAGCUGAAAGAUCUGAAGAACCACGAGCGUUCGCAUACGGGAGAGAAGCCAUACCUUUGCUCGGACUGUGGCAAGGCCUUCUCACGCUCUUCCUCACUGGCCUGCCACUUGCGAAUUCACUCUCAAAGCAAACCCUACCAGUGUGAGCAAUGUGGGAAAGGCUUCACUCAACUCUCCUCCUACCAGUCUCACCUUCGAACACACUCUGGAGAGAAGCCCUUUCUCUGUCCGCAGUGCGGGAAGAUGUUCUCAGACCCUUCCAGUUUUCGCCGGCACCAGAGAGCACAUCAGGGGUUCAAGCCUUACCCCUGCGACAAGUGCAACAAGAAAUUUCGGCAGCCGGCUGACCUAGCAGUGCAUCAGCGUGUUCAUUCGGGUCAGAGGCCGUAUAAGUGCCAAAACUGUGACAAGGCCUUUGUCGCAUCUUGGGACCUACGUCGGCACAUGUUGGUCCACACUGGACUGCGACCUUUCUCUUGCACCGAAUGUGGCAAGUCGUUCGCAGAGCGCUCUAGCCUCAACAAGCACCGGAGGGUGCAUUCUGGAGAGCGCCCUUUUAAAUGCCAGAUGUGCUUCAAGUCCUUUGUCGUGUCAUCCAGCCUGCGCAAACAUGAGAGGACGCACUUGGCGGAGAGACCCCUUCAGCAGCAGGACCCAGUGCCUGAAUCUGCGCAAGUUUUCUCUCAGAACGCCAGCCCGCAGUUUUCCUGCACUCACUGUGAUGUGAUGUUUGGGACGUGGGAGGAGUUGCAAGCCCAUGCCAGCCUUUAUUCAAUUUCUCCAACGUCCGAUUCUACUGCCACAUCACUCAAUAUAGGCCCAUAUGUUUGUGUGACCUGCCAGGUUGAGUUCACUCAGAUGUCCGCUCUACAAGCACAUGAGAAGAUGCACCCUAAGCCACGACCCCAUGUCUGCGAUGACUGUGGCAAAGGUUUCCUGAACAAAGCCGGGUUACGGAAACAUCAGCGUAUUCACUCCACCAGUCGCCCUCACUGCUGCACGAUCUGCGGCAAGGCUUUUCUUUUCGCUGCGUACCUUCGGAAACAUUCACGCACCCACCGUGAUAGUGAGUCCUCAUUGGCUCUGCCACAAACGGACAUUGCGCACACCCAGCCUCUUCCCUCCCCACCCAGUGCAGCCUCCCCAACAGGCUCAGAGCCCCCCUCCAUUUCCCUGACUGUACCUGUUACUGUAGCGGUGUCUGCAUUCCAGACAAUGUCAGCUCAUGUGUAUAUAGACAAGGAAGAGGAAUUGUGAAAUGGUUGUCAGCAUGGUGGCCUUAAUUUUUUGAACUGUGCUUUCACAAAAAUCCUUUGAUUAGGAUGCAGUUCUGUCUAGAAAGGCAGCAAAAACACACACACAGAUUUGUGUGUGUCUUGUUAUAGCCGAUUUUCCUUAUAAAAUCAGCCUGUGUUUUGUAUUAUAGCUGAUGGUCAUGUUACUUAUGGUAAUAUUAGUGAUUUCAUCUUAGUCAAACGAUUCAUUAUUUAUAUUAAGUUAAAUACGUGAACUCUGUAAUUAUGUACUGUUGCUUCUCUUUUGAAUUACCCACAGUAUUACAUUUGGUGACUGAAGGAAAGAAAAGCCACAUUUCUUAAUAAAAAGUAAUUAUUGAUAUGGUUUUUAAUCUGACGUUUCUCAUUGUUUUAGAGGUUAUCACAAAGGUCUCCUUUGACCAGUGUGCCCAUUCCAUCUUCCCACCUACAAGUUCAUAUUUUGCAUAAGGGAGAUUAUAAGGUUGACCUACUAUUGGCUUGUAGCCACUACCUGCACAUGUCAGGUUAUCAUUGACUGGUCAAACAUGAGUGUAUUAUAAUGAAUCUAUUAUCAGUCUAUAAUCACAAAUAAAGCUGCACAUUGAAUGAGUCAA